GGGCGGCCAGUCGACUCGCUCGCGUCGCUACGUUCGCGUGUUACGGCUACGAGCGUAGCGCACAACUACGCCGAAACUACGCUACGAUAAACUAUUACUGUGACUGUGAAAAUUAUCGACUAACUGUGAGUGGUUUGUGCUAUUGUUGACGUGUGCUCACUCGUGGAAAGUAUCUCCAACAAGGUACGAUAUAACAUCCCAAGUCCCAGCCGAAAUGAAACUGCAAGAGAGAUAAGUUGAGUGGCGUCAAACAGUGCUGAACAAAGGGUUGUGGGGUGCAAAGUGAAAUAAUAGUUGGAAUUAGCACUGCGAGUGUGUGCGGUGUGAGGUGUGUUGUGUGAGGUGCGGGGGGCGAUGCGGGGUGCGGGGUAGCAUGCCUGCGCGUGCCACGGCGGCCUGAUGGCGCUAGUGCGCCGGAUACUAGGCGACGCCCAGGCGAAACUCCGCAAGAUGGUGGACGAGCAAGUGUCAGUGGGGUCUCGCGUGGAGGCCGAGCCGGAACCCGAGCCGGCGGACCCGCUGAUCACACCAGCUAGUGCCGCUCUGAGCAUCGACAACGACCGCACACCACGCCUCCUCAUCGGCACACUCGACAAGAGAAACUCCUCGCUCAAUGGCGAUGGAACGUCUACGCUCAACCGAACGAGAUUGCCCAUAAGAAACGGCAAGGAUAAUCCUUUUAUCGACGACGACAAUAAAGAGAAUCAAGCAAACGGCAAGCUAGAGUCUCCAGUGAAAUGGUCGACACAGAAUGGCAGCGACAGUGGUACUUACGCGGAGAUCGGUACCGGGGCCAACAGCAAUACAAGCGAGAGGAACGUUCUAGAUCCUGCUGACAGUUCCGAAGAGGAAGUACCACUGCCUGACGCGACUUCUCCAGGCCGAAGCAGUGAUGGGCCUGAACCACGGGCAGAUAUCACGGCUACUUUAGAUGGAGGAGCUGCAUCCCCGGGAGGUCGGUCAGAUCGGUCGCGAGCUGAUGAGAUCCCCGCGUCACCAGGCAUGCUCUCCGCAGCACAACUGGCCCGCCGACUCAGAGUCGAGAACGAACGACUACAGGCGGAAUUAACAAGAGUACGGAGGUUGCUGGUGGCAGCCGCGGAGCGUGGUGAGGCGGGCAACGCGCUGAUCGAACGCGCAAAGGGAGACGGUGCGCAAGAGUCGGCGCCCGUCGACCCGCAACAGCUCGAGAAGGAACUGCUACUCGCCAGAGAAGCUGUUAACUCUCUGAAAGCGGAUAAGAAAAGAUUGAAAGCGGAGAGGUUCGACUUGCUCAACCAAAUGAAGCAACUGUACGCCACCCUUGAAGAUAAGGAGAAAGAGCUCCGAGACUUCAUCAGAAAUUACGAGCUGAUGCGAUCGAGGGGCGGCGCGUCGUCAGCGCUGGGCGCGGAGCGUGCUGAGCGCGAACGGGAGCGGGCGGCAUUGCUGAGACACGCGCGGGACGAAGCCGAGCGCUCGUUGCAGCUGGCCGCCGCACUCAGCGCCCGCGACACUCAGCUCAGAUAUGCGCGGGAACAACUGUUUGAGGUUCGAAGACAGCUUCAAGCGACUGGCUGCCUAUCUGAAGGUGAGAGCGUGGCGUCGCUAGGGCUCGGCCCUCCGAUGAUGCUUGGGCCAGCGGGGCUCGUCGGCGACCGUGGUAGCUGCAGCGCCGACUCGGGAGUCAGAGGUUCCUGCUUGUCUACACUCUCACCUGACGUGACAGGUAGCAGCGACGGUGGCGCCACCUCGGUCUGCGGUGGGAACCUGUCGGACUCUACGGCUGAAGGGGCUCCUGCCACGGUCGACUCCUACGACACCGACGCUAUCUCGCUCGUCUCCUCGGCGCAUCAUAUCUAUCAGUUGAGCACUCCUCGUGACUGCAGCCCGACCUUGUCUCCACACAACAGCGCGUCGCCAUUCACCAGGUCUAUUGACGCUGGCUCACUAUCCAGAUCGGUGGAACAGCUGUCAAGUCCAGGUGAAUGCGAGUCGGCGCUGCUAGGAGGGCUGCGGUCUCGCGCGGGCGGCAAGGGCGGUCGCGGCCGCGGGUCCGCUUGGGGUUCCAUUUCCCGUGUGUUCGCUCGCAGCAGACACCGCACCAAGUCUGGCAGCGCCACUGCCAGUGGACAUGAGAGCGAACCAGUAUACGCUGGGACAGGCAGCCAGCGAGCUUGGUCACCUCUAGGCAGCGAGGCAGCCCUGCGCGAAGCAGCAUCGUUGCCGCUGGCGAGGUGGCGUGCGCCCGCUAUCAUCGCCUGGUUGGAGCUGGCACUGGGAAUGCCUCAAUACGCUGCAGCCGUCGCUGACAAUGUCAAGAGUGGGAAAAUCCGUGCUUUGAAUGGGCAGGUUCUGCUCGAGCUGACGGACGCGGACUUGGAGGUGGGGUUGGGGAUCUCGCAGCCGAUGCACAGGAAGAAGCUGCGGCUGGCCAUAGAGGAGCGGAGGCGGCCUGACCUGGUCCGCAACCCGGCCAUAGGCCAGCUGACACACGCCUGGGUCGCGGCUGAAUGGCUCUCUGAUCUGGGCUUAGCACAAUAUGCAGAAUCGUUCCUGGCAAACCUGGUGGACGCUCGAAUGCUGGACACAAUCAGCAAGAAAGAGUUGGAGAAAUACUUGGGCGUCACAAGGAAGUUCCACCAGGCGUCGAUCGUGCAUGGGAUACACCUGCUCAGGAUAAUGAAGUAUGAUAGACAAGCUUUAGCCGUCAGACGGCACCAGUGCGAGAAUGUGGACGCAGAUCCGCUGGUGUGGACCAACCAGAGAUUCAUGCGGUGGGCGCACAAUAUCGACUUGGGAGAAUUCGCUGAAAAUCUUAAAGACAGCGGAGUGCACGGAGGUCUAGUAGUUCUAGAACCUUCUUUCACCGGAGAGACGAUGGCAACUGCUCUAGGCAUUCCACCUUCAAAGAGCAUCAUUAGGAGACACUUGGUCGCCGAGUUCGAUGCCCUCAUCAUCCCAGCAAGGAAUAUGUUUGGUCACCAAAUAAGGAUGUUGGGACGACCAUUCUCAAGAUCUGUUGCCACUGGUUUACCAGGAAUCGACUUGAGUGGUGACUCUAGAAGACACAGUUUAAGGGGUUCAAUAACCCGUGCGCUCGGCGUGCUCAAGCCGAAACAUGACAGGACGUCACCAUCAAGCUCUAGCGAGAGUUCCAGCGUCCUGAGUCUCACCACGCAGCCGUACCAGAUGUCCUACUCACCACCCAUUGGCAUGCGGACGCUAUCUCAACUCAGUAUGACCUACGCCCCGCCGCCUACGCUACAGGAAUACGAGCCUAUAUACACGCCACUCAGCCUAUAUUCACAGUCGAGUGUGUCCACUCGAGAUAGUUUGCAACGCCUCAACGAUAUCAAGGAGAACGUGUCUAUCACUCAUAGAUACGGCCAGAAAGCCGACCACGCACACCGAGUGAGCUCCCCUUUACCAGCGAAAUCGGUGGACGAGUCCAUCGUUAAGCAGAAACGACAUCGACGGGUCAAGAGCAUCGGCGACAUCAACGCCUGUAGCAAAACUUCAGUGUAACGCUAACUUAACAAUAUUGUCAAUUACUUCCACCAAUACCGCUCAAACUCGAACCAAUAUGUACAAAGUUGCAUAUCAAGAUAUUUCAACUAACAUUUUUAAUUGGGUGGUUGACUGCUUUUAUAUUGGUUUUAUGUGAAACGUUUUUUAUCAGCCGCAUUAUUUUUAUUACCAGAUGUCGUGACACUGCUGUUAACAAACAUUUAUAUUAACUUUAUUGAAAAAAAACAUAACUUAUAUAUUAAAUAAAUAAAUAAGUAUUAAGAAAGUUCAUAUACCUAGAUGAAAUGCAAAAGGUAUAAUCACCUUUUAAGUUACGUCAAAUAGAUGUAGCGUAGACAAAUUAACAUCAGUUUUUAUUAUUUAUUCAUAACCGUUAUUCCUGAGUACUCUAUUUGUUAUUCUGUUUGUACCAUAAACUAUUUGAAAUGAGUCAACUACCCGUUUCGACUGAAUAUUUUGCCUUAUAAUACUCACUCCGUAAGGUUGUAAUAGCAUAAUUUAAAGAUUUAUUUUAUAAUCGACACAGUAUUUUUUCCUCUAACACGCUGUAUAUCGCUACACUGUGAUAUGAUCCACGCAACCCAAUGUAAACUGAUGAGCUUCUCAUUUUUAUAAUUAAAAAAAUAUUAGUCAAUUUAUACGAAAAUCUAGAACAUUAUUAAUAAUUAUUAACGUGUAUUCAUUCCAUCGAGCUUAACAUUUAUUUACUUAUCAAUUAUUUGUUUUUGUAUUAUUCUGUUAUUAUUAUUUUAAUAAAUUGUUUACACAUUUUAAAUUAAAAAUUUGUUCUUUUUUCGAUUUUAAGUUUAAUUAUCGUGAUAUUAUGUUUGUGAUACAUUUGA